CGCCCAUGCACACUUCCAGCGCGCCAGUACCGCUGCCGCAAUGCCCGCGCGACCCCUCUCGCACCGCUGCCAGUGCACAUCGCUCGCCUCGUGCAAAUGCCCCCUGACCACGUUACGGUACAACACGCGCUCCCGCGUGGCCGCCGUCACCCCAGAAGUAGAGGACAGCCCGAGGGCCGUGGCCAAGGACGACGGCCGGGCUCGCGCCUACCCACCUGGCUCCUCGUCGGAGGCCCUCUCACCAACGCCAAAACACGGGCAACUACCAGCAUCCUCUCGCGGGCCGGUCGUGGCGCCGAUCAGCCGCCUCCCGCUCCACCGCCACAAGCCAAACAUGAACAGUCCGCGCAUCGUCAUCCCGCCUCACCCUCCGCGUCUGAGCUCGUCUUCGAAGCCCCGCAGCCCACUCGCAGCACCUGUGGCAGGACAACCUUCUCGUCCCCGGCCCAUGCAGGCGCCCACUCCUCUGCCGGUCGCUGCGAAGCCCAGCACGCCCGUGGGACGUCGCACCACGAGAGCACCCAGCACCGGUCCGUCUGCGCUGCAAUUCACGUGCGUAUCGCCUACGCUCGAGCUGGGCGCUGGGGGGAUCCACAUAUCGAGCUCGCCGGCGGGCGGUCGAGUGAGGCUCCGUCAAGGUGCGCCGGUGCGUAGGGCGGGCUCUGGUGAGCUGCAGUUGGAGGAUGUGUUGCCAGCCCAUCCGAAGGCAGGGAAACGUCAGGUCCUCUUUGCGUCGGUCGAAUGCGCGGUCGAGGCGCCGAUUUCAACAGAUGGGCAACCGGCGCACCGGCAAGAAGCCGACGGUCCGGUUGCAGGGCCUGCCAGGUCCAGCGUGGCCAAAGGGAAGGAGCGGAUGCGGACGCAAGAAGGUGCAGCGGCGGGACCAGCGGGAGCGGGAGGAGGUGAUGUCGCGAGAUGCCAAGGAGACGAAGCGGCUGAAGAUGGGCAAAGGAUCGGUGGCGUUCUUGCCCGGAAAGGCACAAAACGUGUGCACUUUACGCUACCCACUUGCGGAUCUCCCGCCGUCGAGGCCAGCCCCCACAAGAGGGCCCGCAAAGCGGCCAGGCCACACCAGAAACCCCGCGAAGAGGCUAGCCUGGAAGACGUCUACCACUGGCUGUGCGCCACGCACGCGGUCCAGAUGAAGCACGCGGCGCUGCGCACCCAGGCGCACGUCGACGGCAGCCUGGCGUUGCUCGAGGCCCGGCUCGGCGACAAGCAGGCACGGGUGCAGAGGACGGUGGCCAGCGGCUUCGAGUCGGUGCACAGCAAGAUGGAGGGUCUACACACCCAGACGGCGUCGGCACUGUCCCAAGCGGCGAUGCAAGCUCAGCAGCAGGCGCACAGUCUGCAGCAGCGCGUCGCGGCUCACGACUUCGAGCAGCGGCUGGGCUUCACCGCGCUGCGGCACAGGCUGGAGGAGCUGACCAAGGGCAGCACCGAUGAUGCUGCCGGGCUGCGCACCGCGGUCGACGGGCUACGCACUGCCGUCGAGGACGCGGUGGAGCAGAUGAAGCUCGAGAGCCGCAGACAGGGCGACGACGUGCGGCGCGACAUCGCCCUCGCAAUCGCGGCGGCAACGGGGCCGAGCGAGGUCGUGCGGCGGAGUGCGCGGGAGCGUCUGCACGAGCGAGCGCGGCGCGGGGAGGAGCGGACCCAGACGCCCGGCGGCGAGUCGUCCAGCGGCGGUGGUGCGAAGGUGGAGCAGCAGCGCAGUGCGAAGGCGGCCAGCGAGCGCUCCGAGCAAGCGAAGCCCCCGCUGGGUCGCAACCCUUUGGCGGGGCACCAAAAGGGUCCGGAGGUUGAGGAGCGCGUCCGGCAGCUCGGAGAACGCGACGACGGGCAGCAGGCGCGCCUUGAGCAGCUGCAGCCCAAGCUCGCCCACGUCAGCAGCAGCCCUGACAACGACAGCGGUGCCAGCAGCCCCGUUGUGCAGGCCGUGGAGACUGGGGGCGGAGGCGCCAGCGGCGAUGCUGCGGGACGAGCCGACGCCAGCGGCAGCGAGCACCCCGAGGACACGAAGCCCCCGCUGCAUCGCAGACCGCGCACGCCAGACAGCGCCGCCCGCGGUCCUGGGGAGCAGAGGGCUGGGAAGCAGAAGGCGGACGAGGACGAAGCGCGCCCCGCUGUGCAGGUCCUGGAGAGGGGCGCCCGAGACGCCGCCGCCGAAGCGCGCAUCGCCACGCUCGAGGCUGACCGCGCACACGCGCACCGCAGCUGGCGCACCCAGCUCGGCGGGCGCCUGGCCGCGCAGCAAAAUGCCGAGCGCUACGUGCGCGGGCUGCAGCGCGUCGACGAGGUUGCAGCAGGCAUAGACGGCGGGCCGGGGACGCCUGGGGCCAGGAUUCGGAGGGGCGUGCGCGGUUUGCUUGAGGGAGACGACUUUGUAACUUCGGGCGACGACGACGACGACGACGACGACGACGACGAGGACGAGGACGAGGGCGGCGCGAGGCAUGUGCCGGGCGCGUUUGACGCUAAAAGAGAAAGUUCUCCUCUAUCUCAACGUAGUAAUGAUAUAUUCCACAACCAUGGGUCUAUUGAAGACGUCCUCUUCCUCGUCGCCCACAUCCUCGUCCUCGUCCUCGACGUACGCGUACCGCUGACGCUCCUCAUAGGCAUCUGCAACGCCGUCUCCAAUGUGGCCUUUCCCACCGUCCUCGACAUCGCCUCCCACGCCCUCAGCCGCGCCCUCGACUCCCUCCCGAGUUUCGCCAACCAUCACCGCGAGCACAGUCAGCGCGUGGCACCAGUCGCGCAUCGUCCGCCUCGGGCCCGCCAUCAUCAGCUGGCUCCCGACCGGCAGCGCCAUGGGGUUCGCCUUGCCCCUGCCGUCGCCUCUGCCCUUCGUCUUUCCCUGCGCCGCGGAUCCGUCCCCCAGAUCCGUGCUGCCGUCCACCACCGUCAUGUUGAUGCAGUACCCCCAGCAAUGCACGUUCGGCCGCUCCCCCCUGUCGAGUGGGUGUGCUCGGCAUCCACGACGCGCGGAGUCGCGAGGCUGGCCAAGACGUCGUCUGAGGAGCGGGCUGCGAGGGAGGCGGCGACGUUGCUGCGUGCGUGGUCCUCGGCUCGGGAGUCUGGGUCUGGGUGCGAGGCUGCGUCGGCAUCGCUCUCCCUGGAUGCGCGUGAUUCGCCGUCUGCGUCGCUGUCAGACUUGUGCCCAUCGCUUUCACCUCCCGCCGGGCCUCGGAGUCGGAACGGCAUUGGGACUGCCGCUGGCAACUCUCAUCGAGGCGCUGUCGUGGUUGCAGCGACGAUAGCUCGCCCGUCAGAUCCGGCACUACCGGUGGCGCAGUCCUGUGGUGUUGGUAGCGGACUUCAAGGCAUCGCCGAGUUCAGCGUGAAAAUGACCAUGUCGCAGAUGCACCGUAUCUAUGCGGUCAUCCGUCUCGGCACGCUCGAAGCAGACGGAGCAAACAUGGCCCACCGCCACGCAAUGAGAAACGACGCACCCACCCGUCUCAGCGCACAAACCUGGAAACAGCAAAGAUGA